GCAGGAACCAAUAGUGUGGUACAAAGUUUGUAUUGGAGAAAAUAAUUCUAAAAAUUGUGUGUAUAAAGUUUGUAAGCAACAUAUUAAUGAACCAAAGGCGAAUCUGUCGCACACGAUCUCUUCACGGCAAUGUGCAGUUCCAACCCUGCUACAGUGAUGCUUCCUUACGGAAUCAAAGUCCCCAUUUCUUCUCCUUACAUCCAAAGUUCUCAAAUGGCUAUAGAACUUCAACGGGCCCAGCAGUUUUACGAUUAUAGUGCAAGGAUGCAUUACGGAAUCCGGGGCUACCCUAACGCUCUUGGUCUGACUUCUUAUCAGACCCACCCGUCCGUCGACCAUUAUCUCCAGCAUUAUCUCUACAAGGACCCUAGAAUCAGAUACUUGCACGAAGAACCAAAGCCUAAUCAUAGCUAUAUUGGACUUAUUGCAAUGGCCAUUCUAAGUUCACGAGAUAAAAAACUGGUGCUUUCGGAUAUAUAUCAGUGGAUACUUGACAACUAUCCAUAUUUCCGGACCCGAGGACCUGGAUGGAGAAACAGCAUUCGCCAUAACUUGUCUCUAAACGAUUGCUUUAUAAAAUCGGGAAGAAGUGCCAAUGGGAAAGGACACUACUGGGCCAUCCAUCCUGCAAACAUUGAUGAUUUCCAGAAAGGGGAUUUUCGUCGGAGACGGGCUCAACGCCGUGUCAGACGACAUAUGGGGUUAGCUGUACCGGAUGAUGACGAAAGCCCCGUUCCUUCUCCCUCUGAAACAAACUGGGCGGAUCACGAAGAUGCAGACCUACAAAGGCCAAGAAGAUCUUACUCCGAAGAACUCUCAAACGCAGACGACGAAUGCCUGGACAUUACAAAUGAGACUGAAAAUUCUCUUUCAUUGUCGGAAGAAGCAAACAGCCCCUCCGAGAAGAAGACAGAACAGCAGACAAAUUUGGAUCUCAAAGUGACUGAGUCCGAAAGGGUCCCCCCUAAGAAGAGAAAUUUUGAUAUGGACAGUUUGUUAGCCCCCGAUACUGGUAUAAAGCAUCACAGAGGAGAUGAUACUCACUUUUUACCCUACGAACAAACAGACAAAGCAGAAGACACUGAUAUAGAUGUAGAAACAGAAGCAAGAGAUUCUCCAAAAAUUUCUCCAGAAAGCAGCAGUGAAAAGGAAAAUGUGCUGGACUUAUCCUCUCAAAGGGAUGAAAUAACUCAACAGAAUUCGUUGAAGCUUAACGAGGACUCUUCUUUAUCGGGCAAUAACGGGCUCGUAUUCGGUUCGAGUUUACGGGGAUUCACCCCGAUAAGUCCCGCAAGUUCAGACGCUGUCCAAGGAUCCUCAGAAUCUUGGAGUAGCCUUCGCCCCUAUCUCCCCGCUUAUCCCGUCAUGGGUCUGAAAAACGGUCUUCAACACUCUAUAUUCCUGUCUCGGACUAUAUCUCAAAUUCAGCAAAAUCGCCUGGGAACACAGUUCCCUUAUCGUCUGCCGCUGGAAAGAACUAGCCGACUCCCUGAUGUGACCCACAACAGACAAAUGACAAAUUGAAUGUUGGGAGAUUUUGUUGUCCUCAACAAAACACUUUUGUUAUUGAACAAACAUGAAAAAGGUAGUGUAAAUAUUCCGCCGUAACGUUCUUGUUUGUAGUUUGUAGUGUACAAUUUAAAAUAAUUUGGACACACAACGUCUAAAUGAAAUACUGUUUGUAUUGCGUUGUUUCCUUAAAUUUUGUUUAUCUAUGCUCAUUGAUUUUGUUAUCUUUAUGUAAAAAAUUAUCAUUAAAGGUACAUGUGA